AUGGGAGGUCAGAACUGCCACGCCGAAGUAACCUUCGAUGAUAAUGUUAAAUGGCUUGCACGUUUCCGCCUCGCAAAGGCUUCGCCACCAGAAGUCCGUGAUUGGAUACUUCAAAGCGAAGCUGCCACCAUGACUUAUCUUCAACAAAACACUUGUAUUCCUACGCCUAAAAUACUCGACUGGGCAUGUGAAUCAGACUCAGAAAAUGCGAUUGGAGUUGGCUAUAUUCUGAUGGAAAAACUAGAUGGGAAGCCCCUGGAUUGGCAAAAAACAACACCCCAACAGAAAGAGAAGGUCAUGCAACAAUUAGUAGACAUUUUCGUUGAGAUUGAAAAGCACCCUUUCGAAGCAAUUGGAUCACUUACCUUCUCGGCGGGAGAUGCAAUAAACAUCCAAGGUUUCGCAAACCACUCAACGUUCCGAGUUGGAAAGGGUCCACUUGGUCCAUUCUCUUCCUCGCCUGGGACAUUACAGGCUUUACUUCAAAAUUACCUUAUGAUGAUAGCCAGCAGCGAGAUUGACUCAUGCUCCCCAGUGGAUACUGAUCUCUUUCAUCAAUUCCGCUUGGAUCUUACCAGCAUUCUCUUUAGAGACGUACCACCUGACGACCAAUUUUUUCUGAAGCACCCGGACGACAAGGGGGACCACACUCUGGUCAAUGACUGCUUUGAUAUUAUUGGAAUCAUCGACUGGGACUGGACACAAACUGUCUCUAGGGCAGAGGCAUUCUGUUCCCCGUGUAUGAUGUGGCCGGUCUCUAAGUUCUAUAAUGGCUCUAAUGAGCUCACCGUGGAUGAGUUACGACUAGCUGCGAUUUUUCGGGAAAGGGGUCGCACAGAUCUUGCCAACUAUGUUGUCGGGGGCAGAAAACCUCAGAGAUUUUUCUUUACUCUUGGGACUGAGAGCUCCUCUUUAAACACACAGGAACUUAUUGAUUUGUUCAAAGGGCUUCGUCGGGCUUUUAACUUUGAAGACGAGGAGUGGGAGUCUUGGAAGAGAAAGACCCUCGAAAAUUGGAAAGAUGAUGGCUUAUUACUUAGACUGCUUGGACUAGAAUAA